CUCAAACUCUUUCCCCCAUUUUCAUCUCCAUAGCGAACAAAGCCUAACUCAGUUCACCCGUGUAAGCAGCCUGUUCCCCUGUUGGCCGAGGUUGCUGUCGCUACUCGCUACCUCACUUCACUUCAACUUCUGAGGCCAAAGCCAAAGCCAAAAACCACUUCCAUUGUUGUCUUCGAUGCUUCUCUUUUCUACUUCAGUUUUGGGUUCUCUCAAAUCAUGCACAUGACUGUGAAGUGAAGUGGGUGUGUGCCAAAGAACAAGGAAAGACUACCCCUUCUAUCAAAAUGCGAUUUUUAAGGCCUUUUCUCUCAUCCUCUCUUCUCUGCCACUCGCAUCAGAACAGAAUUGGAGAAAUUGUGACCAGGAUUCGUCUGAACGCCCGCUUGCUUUCUUCUGCAGUUUCAGCUGAAGCUUCAGAUUUAGAAUGUGAUGAGCUCUAUGAUGAUGUCAAAGCUGCAGAGAGAAAGAAAACACUUUGCUUGGCUGUCUCACAGCUAGCUAGUGAGUUUAGCAGGGAGUCAAUGUUAUCUCCGCAGAAGUUUUUUGGUGUACGCCAGGCUCGUGUGGUAUCUACAGGCUCAUUGAAGCUUGACCUAGCUCUUGGAAUUGGAGGAUUACCAAAGGGCAGGAUUAUAGAAAUUUAUGGACGAGAAGCAGCUGGUAAGACAACACUUGCACUUCAGAUUAUUAAGGAAGCUCAAAAGCUUGGAGGAUAUUGUGCAUAUCUUGAUGUAGAAAAUGCACUGGACCUUUCACUUGUGGAAUCAAUUGGUGUAAAUACCGAAAACCUUCUUGUCCCACAUCCUGAUUGUGCUGAAAAUUUGUUGAGCAUGGUCGAUACGUUAACAAAAAGUGGAGCUGUAGAUGUGAUUGUGGUUGAUAGUGUCGCUGCCCUUGUCCCCAAAUGCGAACUUGAUCAAUUAGGAGUUAGUACAAGAAAAGAUUUACAUUCGCAAAUGAUGACUCAAGCCCUACGGAAAAUUCAUUAUUCAUUAUCCCACUCGCAAACUAUUCUCAUUUUUGUUAAUCAGAUUAGAUUUAGUUCAAAAGCAUUUAGCGGACGUGGAUCUAUGGAAGAGGUCACCUGUGGUGGAAACGCUUUGAGAUUCUAUGCAGCUGUUCGUUUGAGACUUUCAAGAUUGGGAUUGAUCAAAACUGAGGAUAAGGUAGAGGGUACUCAGAUCUGUGUGCAAGUGGUAAAGAAUAAACUAGCACCGGCGACAAUGAAAAAGGCUGAGCUGGGUAUCAAGUUUGGAAGAGGCUUUUGCCAUGAAUCUGAGGUCUUUGAUUUGGCUUGUGACCAUGGAAUCAUUAUAAAAGAUGAGGGGAGCUACUUGAUUGAAGGGGAAACUUUUAGUAGUAGAGAGGCUGCUGAACUAUUUUUGGCUAAAAAUGAAGGGGUUUGUGAUAAGUUAAUUAUGGACAUUAGAAGAUUUUAUUUUUGAAAACGAGAAGACUUUCAAAUAUCUUUACAAAAACUUGCCUUUUGUGCUAUUGGUAGGCCAAGUCUCUUUAGUAGGCUUUAUGUAAUUGAGCUUUACAAAAAUAUUCUGAAGGCAUCAGGAUUGCCUUCAAUGAGCAUCAACCUCUGUAGAUGAGCAAGGGGAUUUAAGUUGAGGGAAUUGUCAACUGCAAUAAUGUGAGCCCCUUAUUUUUAAGAUAUGGAGUUCUGGAAAAUCACUCUGCCAAAAAAGAAAUUGAUUGUUCAUGCAAACCAUUUGAAACCUUGUUGUCUAUUGGAAAUGGUUGUUGUAUUCACGUGUCAAAGAAAUGUGCUAUGGAACUAUAAUGUAAAUUAUGAACUGCUUCCAUUUCUCAUCACCCUUCCCAGAUUAAAUUGUCAGGGUUUCUGGGUC